AAGUAUUUCUUUUUUGAGUGCAAUGAAUCUUUUGAUUAUCUAAACAAAAGUUUACACUUUGCACGCCAACAAUCUUUCGAGUUUCUUGUUCAUUGUUUGCGCUUUUGCUUCGUCACUGUCAUCAAUUCUUCAUCUUCAUUCCCAGGCUUGGAAGUGUGAAUUGUUUUGAAGGCUUGGAAUUUAAUUAGGGGUGAAGUAAUUGGAUGGCUCAAUUGGGCGGACCAAGAGUGUAUAGCUGCUAUAAUUGUCGAAAUCAAGUUUGUCUUCAUGAUGAUAUUAUCUCCAAGGCUUUCCAGGGAAGAAAUGGUCGAGCAUUUUUGUUUUCCCAUGCUAUGAAUGUUGAGGUUGGGCCUAAGGAAGAUAGACAGCUUAUGACUGGCCUUCACACGGUUGCUGAUAUCAAUUGUGCUGAUUGUCGACUAGUAUUGGGGUGGAAGUACUUGCGUGCUUAUGAACCAUCGCAAAGGUAUAAGGAAGGGAAGAUUUUUUUCGAGAAGUCCAAAAUUGUCAAGGAGGAUUGGUAGCCUGGUAACCAGGUUUUCCUUGUUCCAUCCUAUUCUCUCAUUGUUCUUUUGGAAGUGUGAAAAUGUCUUUCUGUUUAUCCUGUAUAGAAGUUGUUCUGAUCAAGUGUUCAUUCCUGACACACUAUGUGCACUUCAGUGUGCCAUCAAGUGUUGCCUUCAUCUAUUGUGAAUAAAAUUGGAUUGUUCUUUUGAAUAACGUUGUUGGAUUGUUUGCCAAUUGCUUUUAUAUAAAUUGAACUAUUUCAUAAUAUAUUAUACUUGUUUGCUAAUUA